AUACGGAGUAUCGUUCAGGUCUUUGUGGCCUUAUCGAUAACGGACCUCGGCGAUUCUUCUCGCCGAUUGUUCACGAACUUUUUUUUCCUGCGCAAACGAAAGUCUCAUAGAAACUCGCUUUACAGAUUCCAUGCGCUGCACAAUCCACACAAUGGACAUUACAGUUCUUCGUGAAUGUCUGUAAUACUAUGAGCUACUCCAAGACCCUCUGUCGCUUCUAACACAAUGGAUAUCCACCGAUGCAGAUUUGUCCAAUAUCCUGCGGACCCCAUUCAUGCCCUCGCCUUCUCACAUCCUUCCAAUACAACAGACAAGACCCCCUCCGACCUACGCUUGGCCCUUGGUCGCGGCAAUGGAGACAUUGAGAUUUUCAACCCUCAGAAUGGCCGUUGGGUGCAGGAAGUAAUUUUCAAAGGAUCGAAGGACGAAGCAAUCGAGCAGCUUGCAUGGACGCAGGAUCUGGUUGUAGAAGAUGAGGUCAAUCCUCCAAAAUAUUCACGUGGACCUCUGCGUCUAUUCAGUUCUUCCGGAUCGAACACAAUAACAGAAUGGGACAUAGCCACAGGGUCGCCUAGAAAACAAACAGAAGGAAAUUUCGGAGACAUUUGGUGUUUUGCCGUUCAACCUCAAAUCGAAAACCCUGAAAAGACCAAAGGCUUGGAGGGCAGUACGCAUUCACAAUUAAUAGCGGCAGGCUGCGCAAAUGGCACAAUCAUUCUGUUCUCUACAGAAGAGGAUGACCUUCGCUACCUGAGGCCGCUGCUGACGCCUCCAGUCAAGAAGCCAAGAGUUGUGAGCAUCACAUGGCGAGAUCGUAACACUGUGGUCGCUGGAUACGAAGACAGUACCAUUCGUAUUAUUGAUGUGCGUACCCGGACGGCCAUUCGUCAUAUGAGUUUAGGGAAGCCGGUCGAUGGCGAGCAUACAGUUGUUUGGGCGGUCAAGUGUCUCCCGGACGGCACAAUUUUAUCUGGCGAUUCAACCGGUGAACUGAAGAUCUGGGAUGCGAAGAACUUCUCUCUGGUCCAGAGGCUGAAGUCUCACACGCAUGACAUUGUUGAUUUGGCUACGAAUGUGGACGGGAAUGUGAUAUUUUCCUUUGGCGUAGACAGAAGGACUGUCAGCUAUAGGCCAGUCGCUUCUCCCACAGGUGGCAAGAAGACAAGAUGGGCCGAGAUCUCUCACCAAAGAUACCAUCGCCACGAUGUGAAAUGUGCUACAACAUUCGAGAGCAAGGACUUGAGUAUCCUGAUAUCCGGCGGGAUGGACUGUAAACCUGUUGUGGUCCCUAUCAGAAAAUUGCAGACGGAGUCACAUCGCAAACUUUCACCACUACCUCAGAGACCUCUGAUUUCAGCUUCGCCGAGUGCAAGAUUGUUCAUCUCGUGGUGGAAUCGUGAGAUUGUGGUUUACCGAGUACGCGCGCAGGGCAAUCCGUCUGAGAAGGUCGACUUUGAUGAUACCACAGGCUCGUCAUACGAGAUUUUGGCAACAAUGAUUGUACAAGGCGACGAAAACCUUCAAGAUGCACAACUUUCUGCGGAUGGUCAUUUCAUCAUUGCAGCCACGAUAAACAGUGUCAAGCUGUUCCAACUACGGCAGACUUUUUCAGGAGGUAGACCAUGUGUGCGCACAAGACCGAUCGAUUUACCCCCAGCUCUUGUCCGGUUGGGAGCCAGGAGGGUCGGAUUUAGUCCUGAUGGGAAAUGGAUCUUUACCAUCCGCAAGGACAACACAGUCGCACUCAACAAAGUCGUCUCAGCAGACGACUCUACAGGAAAACCCACUAUCCACCCGAAGACUGUCAAGCUCUACCGGGCACCACGGAAGUCAGCACAUUCUGCAUUGGGCGGCUAUACACAAUCCAUCAAUCACGUCGCGAUGUCUGGGGAUAGCCGCGUCCUAGCGGUAUCGGACGUCUCGGGUGCCAUCGACACGUGGGUGCUUGAAGGUCAUGAAGACCUAUUCUACGUCGAGGACGACAAGUCGGACAGUUCAUCAGACUCAUCUUCGGACUCAUCGGGUGACGAUGAUGAAGACGACUCUCCGGUCGUUCACGCCCAAAAGUGGAUUCGCACCCCGUCCGGUUCCCAGCUACCAAAACUCGACUCUUCUAUCCUAGCUCUCACAUUCAGGCCAUCAUCUCGUUCGUCUCUCUCUGUGUCGACCGACGGUAAUCGCGGCCUUCACGCGACACGUCAUACGGCUCACCCUGUCGCUCACAGGCUGCCUACUUCGAACGAAAUGCUCUUCGCCGUCACUGCGAGGCACCAACUGGUAGAAUUUGACGUGAUGAGCUGUAGACUCAGCGACUGGUCUCGACGCAAUCCAUCACGAUUCCUCCCACAAGCGUUCAAGUCUCUCAACCCUCCCGUGAUUGGGUGUUUCUGGGAUUGCACCGACCGCGUCAACAAAGGCGAACGACUGUGGCUCUAUGGUUCCAAUUGGAUGUUCAUGCUCGACGUGUCCCAGGACCUGCCUCAGGACAAGGGGGCCAGGGCUGAGAAGAUCGGCACUUUGGGGAGGUAUAAUGUGCUCGAUCCUGCCUCGCCGCAUCCGCAUCCGGAUGGCAAACGACCGCGCGCGGGCCUGUUGGAGAUUUUCGGCAACGGUGGCGGUGCUCAAAAGAAGCGGAAGCGCAACACUGGUGCCGGAAGGGCCCUGUCGGCGCGGCAAAGGGCAAGUGGGAUUGGCAGGGCCAUGCUCAAGUACACGGGUCCAGCUGCGGACCACGACGGCGUUGAUGUGAUUGACAUGGACCUUGACCCGAACCUUGAUGGGGACGACGAUGUGGACGUGGACACGGACGAGGACGGUGAUGACGCUCUCGCGACGAUGCGUCGUGGAAAGGAAGGGAACGGUGAUGAGCGGCGACUGAAUGGCACAGAUGGAGAUCAAGAGGGAGAUGGAGAUGCGAGUGAAAAGACACUGACAACGAAGACGAUGCACAAACCUCGACCACUACACUGGAAGACGUACGAGUACGGCGAUAUUUUGGGCGUCGGGGUCAUUGGGCCUACCAGUAUCACUACCACCACGACGCCCGUAGUGUCGUCCGCACCAGAGCCGGAGCCGGAGCCAGAGACGAAGCCGGUGUCGACGACAAACGGCGUGUCCGAUGGUGCCGACGGAAACGUCAAUGGGGUGGUCGAGCAACAGACGACGGAACAAAACCAAAAUCAGGGUCAUGAUCAGAACCUCGAGAUCGUCGUCGUCGAAAGGGACGUUUAUGAUAUGAUCGGCAAAAGUCCAUACGGGAGGAUCGACACGGGCCAAGAUUGGGAGACUUGAACAGGGAAUGAACCCCUAGGUAGAUCAGUUGUUUCCUUGCAAACUUCACAGCAAGAAACUUUGCACAGCACAGCGGUGUCAAAUGAGUGUAUUACAAGAUUGGAUCAUGAAGUCCUUCGUACGGAGUAUUUCUGAAACACACACAAGUCGUAUUGUACUUGUGGGAGGCAUUUUAAGGUAGUUUACUCAAUACUUGUGACUCCCGGUCUCUUUUCUCUGGAUCUAUGAC